AAUUGAAAACAUACCCGAACGGCGGGAAGAUGCCUCCUAAACCGCCUGCUAAGGGAAAGAAGAGUGCAAAACUCUCAAAAGCAGAGAAGGAGAAGUUGAAGAAAGAAGAAGCAGAGAGGAAAGCCAGAGAAGAGGGUGAGAGAUGUACUUCAGUAAUCAACAGAGAGUCCUUGGCAUUUCUUAUAGAAGAACUUGAGGGUUUUCUAUCAAAUUCAGAAGAUGAGGGUUUUACAGAGGAUGAUGUUCAAAGGCUUAAACAGUCAGUGAUUAAACUUCAAGAAUUGAUAAGCUAUAAGUUGGAUGAGGCAACCAUGAAUCUUCUGCAGAAUGCUUCUGAUGAUGUAGAUCCUGAUACUCAAAAUUUACAGUAUAUGAGUGCAUCAGAAAACAUAACGGUUUGUGUCUGGGGAAACAUAGCCAAGAAUCCAAGAGUGAAGUCAUUUUCAUUUGAGAAGAUGGGAUUUACAAUGGACAUUCCAAGAGUUAUUUCCAUUGGCAGUAUGGCUGUUCGUGUCAUGUACACUAAGUAUGAUCAUCUAUCACCAUUGUCCAAAUCUUUCCAUCCAAAGCUAAAGGUUAAGCCUCCAGAAGUUGUCGUAGAUGAGGUUGUUCCUGCAGAAGAAGCUGAUGGAGAAGGGGCUGGUGAAGGGAAUGAAGGAGCAGAUAAGGAAGGAGUAGAUGACACACUUGAGGCCAUGCCACCUAAAUCUGCAUCACAAGCGAGCCGAUCUAGUAAAGCAAGUAGGAAAAAGAGUGGAAGAGCCAGCAGUGGUAAAAGCAGUCGAAGUCGUAAAGCUAGUGCAAAGAGUGUAAGAAGUCAGGUCAGUGAAAAUGAGACUCAGCAGGACAAAGAGGGUGAAACUAAAGAGGGAGAGCAAGAUGGUGAAGGAGGGGAAGAAAAUCGUGCUUCUACUGAUCAAACAUUGGAUGAGGCUGCCGGGGCAGGUUUGGAAGGUGGAAUAGAGGAAGAAGAGGAAGAAGAUGAUGAUGUUGUAGACCUAAGAGCAUUCAGUGCCAUUGGCCCUGUCAUGAUUAUUGAACUGUUAGAUCUUCCACCACAGCCAAAACUUGCGAAUGGGUGGAUUAUGCAGCAGAUUGUAUCAUCAGAACUCAAAAGAGUCAAUUAUCAAGUUGAAGGGCAGACUCCAGCAGAUACAAACUCGACAACAAGUACCCCUGCUCCACCAAACUCUGCAUCGGCCACACAGCUGCAAGCAACCAACCCUCCAGUGAUGAUCACCUGCAAGCUUCCAGGAGAUGUUAUGUAUUUUGAGCAACCUCAGCUGGCACUGUGGGACUCCAUGAAGAACAACUGGAGGCUUGAUGCAUUUGCAGACUCCCAAUAUAAUGAAGAGGAAAGAACAGUCGUAUUCAAGAUGUCUACCUUUGGGCCCAUUGCUACUUUUCAGGAUCUUUAUCUGAACAUGCCAUUUCAGUCAUGGGAGCUACGUCCUCAUGCCACAAACAGUUGCCUGUUUACACUCAUUGCUGCCAUCAUUGAACUGGAAAUUGAAAUUAAGGAUUCUUUGUGUUCACUGACCCAGCCGAAUGAUGUCUCAGAGCUUUCUCAUUUGAAGGGAAAGUGGAUGAAGCCACAUAAGUUGAUUGAGGCCAUGCAAAAGGCAGGAGUGAAUGUCUUUCCUGCGGUUGAUGCAGAGAAGUAUGUCAGCUUAAAUUCCAAGGAGGAUUGGCUGGAGAACAACAUUUACCAGGAAAUGGCAUUGACAGCAUCAGCAUUUGCUUAUACAUGGAGUAAAUGGAAUGCUGAUUGUGGCAAAGAUAAAAUUAUCAUACAAGCUGUUGAGCAGCUGGAAGAUGAACAGCCUCUAGAGGUAGUUCUAAUCUUUUUUCAGACUUCAACUCAUCUUCACAUUUUCCUAUACAAAUUUUUUUAAGGUGGCUCCAAAAUAAUUAAUAGUCCUGAAGCCUGUUUCUCAAAUUUCCAGCUUCAUUCUGAUCUUUACCAUAUGGUGCUGGAUGGAGCUUCAGAAGAGGCACAACAGAGGGUGAAAGCCUCUCACUUUUUAUUUAUUGACGGUGUAUAUCAGCUGCUAAAUGCAACAAAAAUCAUCACAUACUCUUAAAAAUAUUCAUAAUUAUGCUGAGAUGCAUGGAUUUCAAUUAAUUUGGUAAUACUAUUGUUUGUUCCUUGCUGUGUUGUACAGUUCCCUACCAGUAUUUGAGGCAUUUCAGUGUUCAUCUAAAUUAUUUCAUUGCUUGGUGCUUAUGCAUUACGUUUAUAAUGAAGUAAUUGUUUUGUGUUGGUUUGUACAUAUUUUCAUCAUGAAACCAUAGAAAUGUAAAGAACCUUUCUUAUUGGUGAUGUUUGGAUUACAUCUGUGUUGAUGGAAAUAGCAGAUGAUACUUCAUUUUUUCGCAAACUAUAUGAUUAAUUAGGACAAAGGAACUACGUUGUAUUUGCAAUAUUUUAUUCUGAUCUUAAACCUGCUUCCCGGAAAUAUUUGUAUAUAGGUAUAACAUUUUUUAUUUCAACAAGAGUACUUUCUAUAACAACUUGGUAAAAUGAAAUCAUGUUGGCAAUAAAUAAACAACAUUUAUCAUA